CAAGUAACAUCCCAAACAAACAGACGUUUUUUUCGAGGAAGUCAAAGCAAACGUUUCAUGACAAAAACACAAAAGGCGAGACGUUACAUGUGUAUUUGUUAGACGUUUAUGAGUUGAAUAAAUAUGGAGCCAGCAAGAGAUCACUGUGCUUACUACUAUACAAAAGAACAAAUAGAAAACCUCAGAAUAAGGACAGUGUUGCAGCAACUCACAGGUUCCCAGCUGGUUGACGCAUCACCAAGAGCGGUAGAAAAUACACCUGCGGUUGGCGAGGUGGACCUGAACCUUACAACCCUUUCCGUGCCCACUGCAUCAACUAGUGAUGCCAGUGCUUCACACACACAACAGCAAGUUAUUAAGUGGCAGCAGAAAUUGUUAAGUCCUUUUGAAAUAGUGGAAUAUGGCCGUCCUAUAUAUGCAGAGGAUUCACAACACAAAUCGUACCAUGAACAGGCUGUUAAAUUAAAGAAACGCAAGCAAUGGAGGAGAAGAAUUUUCACCUACACACACCAAGAUAAUUAUCAAAGCCAGAUCCACAUUAGGGCAAGCACAACAAAACAGAUGGAACCAGAUACGUGUGUGAGGCAAAGGAAACGAACAGAAGGUGAAAGAAAUGCCAGUCAAAGUGCAGCCCUGGUGGAUGGCAGGAAAGGAGGGGAGAAGAAUGACCCAGAAGCAACUAAGUCUCAACAGCAGCAUUUUUACAUCAUGGCUGACUUGGCACCACCUGAGUUCUUAGGAGAAACCAGAGCCCACGAAGUGAUCCUUUGCACACUGCGGUACAAUCCUCAUGGCCAGCUGACUGUUUCGCCUGACUUCACCAAAUUGAAUACAAAACCAUUUAGGUUAGAGAGUUUUGGUUCUGACAAUGCUCUCUAUGAAUACACCGUUGAAAAUGUGUCUCUUCCACAACCUCUGGAGGAGAAACAGAAGGAAAAUGAGCUACUUCAGCAGAUAUCACGGCAGCGAAUGGAAGAAAUGCAGCAAAUAGUUGGGCUGGACUGGAACACACAACAGCUAGGUGAAGGUGAAAUACGAUUGGUUGUGACAGGGGAGAUUUGCCGUGCACAGCAUUUCUCAGACGUUUCAUCUUUGUACCUCCACUAUGUCCUACAUCUUCCUCCAGGAUGGAGACACAACUCAGGGACAGACUGUGAGGGUUUCACUCCUACGUGUGUGGUUGGACACCUAGAGGAUAUUCCAACAGUACAUUAUUCCACUCCCUUCACUGUAGAUGUGACACGCUCAAAAGGAGGUAAAGGUUGGCCACAGAUGUUGCUGGCAGUAUUCUCGGUUGACUGGUGGGGCCGGGAGAGGGAUGAAGGAUAUGCAUCUUUUGUUCUUCCAACACCUGGCUACGACUCAUGCAACAACAGUGACAAGAUGGAAGGUGGACUUCACCAAGUGGGAACAUGGCGACCAGCCCAGUCUUCACCCAUUGCCACAAUGCGAAGGUUCUUUCUUGGGGGAUGUCAACUCAUGGCUGAUUCUUCAUAUCUGGCUGUUGAGUAUUGCUCUGAGAAUGGCCGUAAGAGUAGGUUGGGAUUCAGGACUGUGACUAGUGGUACAGUGGAGCUUAGAACCAACACCCUUAUUGAGUCAAACUCUAAAAUAGCAGAAUCAUGGAAUUCAGCUGUGCCUUGGAAUGCUCCCAUUUGGCAGUUAUCAACUCGGGCUGUUUUAGAUGCCUUCAAUAAAUCACGACAGAAACUUAGAGCAGCAAAACAAGGGGUUUAGUGAGUGUCAGAAGUUUAGAUUUCGUGGUGCAUGUUGCUCAGGUAUUGCAGACCUUGGGCUGAUGUUUACUUGUAGGGAAAGAGCUACAAAUGUGAGUUAUGGAAAAGCAGUAUGAACAGGUGUUUCUGAAUGAAAUGCUCCCAUAUGUAACACAUUAUUAGAUUUAUUUAUUUAUCUUUAUAUUAGGUGUGUGUCUGAAAAAAAAAUUCUGCAGGUCUUCUCAUAUUGUAUGUGAAUGAACAUAGUUGAUCUAUAAUGCAGAUUGAACAUAAAUUCUUGUGUUGAGAAAGUUUUGAAUCAAAGGAUUAAAGGGAAGAGUGAAU